UAAAGAAUGCAAUAUUAUUUAAUACAUAACCUAAAAUUGUAUUUUCUUUAUGACAUUUGAUUACUUCUGUUGUGAUUGUGUUGUGUAAUGGCAUUUAUAAUAUUCAUCUUUAAUCGAAUAAAAUCAUUAUGUUUAAUAUUUAUUGGCUUAUGGAGACGAGCUUUAUGUUGCUUUCGUAGAAAACGGAGACCAUCGUGUGAUACUUUACCAUUAACAACUGUACAUGUGGUUAAUAAUUACUCUACAAAUACCCAAAAUACUGAGAAUGAAAAUGAUAUGAAUAGUUGGAGAAAUUGGGACGAAGAUUCAAAAAAUAAAAAACCGAAUACAAUACAAGAGCAUAUUGACUUUUAUAGACAGCAGGCAAUGGCUGCAAGGUCACAACAAUUACAACAAGAUGUGGAGGAUCAAACUCAUGCUGAAAUUGAACAUUACUUUGAAGAUAUGAAACCCAAAUUCACUGGGCAAACAAAAAUAUUAAUUAAAAAUGGUGCUGCGGAUUCUGUAAAUGCAUCAUCACAAUUUCAUUCUCAAGAAACCAAUCGUUUAUCGUUGAAUCCUGAGAUGAUUAGUUCAAUAAAUGGAGGACAGUUGGGAGAAUGGCAAGAAUCAGCAUGGGAAAAUGAAGCUGGUGAUGAUAGUUGGGAAGUAAAUUCUAUAUUACGUGAAAAACGACGUCAAGAAAGAGAACAAAGGCAGUUAAAUAGACAACAAAAGCUUAUAAAUAAAUCUAUACAACCACAAGGGACUGCUAGAGUUAAUACCUAGCGAUCUAUUUACUGUUUAUUUGUUAAAAAUUUUAUUUUGCUUGAACAGUAUGCACUAAAAAACAAGUUCUUAACGCACUUUACACGCUGUGUACAAAUCGUCUCAGUAUUAGAGCAAAAAUGAAUGGGAUAUGGAAACGAUUUUACGUAAAGAAAAUUUGUACACCAUGAAAAUAUACGGUACAAUUAAAAUAAA